GAUUUUAUUUGGCGUUUUUCAUGGACGCAGGCGUCACUGUAUUUAUUCUUUAAUAGAUUCAGGUGAGCAGACAUGGCUAACCCGCAGCAGGAAUACCCGAGGGUCCUUCUGGGGAUCCUGGAGGAACUGGCCAACAUGCGCCAAUGGCUGAGCUUCCAAGAUCUUUGUCGCAUGGUUAGCACCCGUUUUGACCUGGAGCACCUCAUUGAGCUCAGGAGUUUGCUGUUUGCAGCUGCCAGCCAGGACCCCUGUUUCCCAGCUACUCUCUUCAGAGACCGGGUGUCCGCCAGAGGCCAGGGGCUAUCACCCAUAGGAGUCGCUGCCGACAUUGUAACUAUCUUCAAUCUUAUUCAGAUGACGGGUGGGGCCCCUGAUGACAGCCAACCAAUGAGAGGCCAGAUGGUGCUCCCAGUCGACCAGUCCCCAGGCCCCAGUCUGCCUGGAAUAUACCAGCUAAACAUUCCUGGUCGAGAAAGAGCACGUGCCCACUCUGACUCCAGCGGCAGGCCUAUCGAUCAGCAUUUGCUUUUUCCGAGAUCUAGUUACUCUGCCCACAAGCGAGGAAGUCUUCCCCCUGAUCCUAUCUCACUUGUGUCAUCCCCUCCAAUCAGGGCGAGGGCUGUGUCUUUCGACUUGCCUCACACCACGCUUUUGUAUCCUAGUGGUCAAAUCCCUAACGAGGUAAUGAAAAACCUCUACCUGCCUUUGGAGACAGACAGUGAGUCCAGUGGAGAUUCUGCGCCCAUGGAGGUGUUUGAAGCUGAACAGGGACCGCCUGAUGUCGACCAGAAGAGAAACAUCUUUAGGAAGGACUUCCAUAACCAGCCACCUCUAAUACCCCAGGUAACCGUUAAUAGUGAGUCUCCCAGUCCCGGCCCAGGGCAGAAAGGCUUCGAUAAUCAAAGCUUUGAGACAAUCCAAAAUCCUUACCCGUCACCAACAGCAAUCCACCAAUCACCAGAGCAGCGGGCUAAACAUGAGAGCAUUGAUGACCUACAGGACUCAACUUACUUCGGACCCCGGCCAAUCCGAGAGUGGUCCCCCCGGCACCUUCAGCCUCCCAGGACCCAGAGGCCCAUGUGGGGCAAUAAAAGUCACAGUCUAGAGGACCGGAUAGGCCUGGACAGCAUUGGAAUGGGGAUGGAAUCACAAGGGGGGCAACUUCCAAGAAGAUCGACCCCGGCUAUCAGCAAUUUGGGUGGGUCCUCAGGAGGUGAGAGUGGGGAUAGUGGACUGCCAUUUGGAGGCGAUGGAGUCAAGGCUCAGGGAACUCAGACAGACCCACCGGACACCCGACGCCUCCGUAGCUUGGUCCACGCUGAUCGCCUCUCUUUCAUGACCUCAUUAGACGAUCCUGAGUUUGGUGAGGAUGACAUCAGUGCCAUCUUUCGUUUCUUAGAUGACAUAAGCAUGUGUGGCUCCACGGGAGUCCUGCACCCUAGUGAUGGAACAGCAUCCAUUAAUCAGGACACCCCUGAAGCCAGACGAGGCCGCCUAGGUCAACUCCAAAGGCUUUUCCACUCACUGGAAAGCAGUGAUGACGGGCUCAAGGCCAGUGUCUGUAAGCUGCUGCUCCGUAUGAGCCAGAUAGAGAGACAACUGGAGUCACUGAAUGAUGUAAAAGCUGAGAUUUCCCAGGUACUGUCUGCACUGCAGCGGCUGGAUGAAAAGAUCCAGCAGCCUAUCGGGGGUGAUGCACAAGGCACUGGAGGGCGAUGGCUUGAGCCUCUCAGUGGUGUCUCCUCUUUUAUGAGCCACCCUAUAACCCCGUCUGAGUCAUCAGAGCCUCAGCCUCUGUCUGUGUCUGAGCAUCUGUUUCCAGGGACCAGCACUAGCAGUCUGGACUGGAGCCGGUGGAACCCUCACGGAGAGCAAACAGAAAGCAGCAAGGGUCAGGCUGACUCAAAGGGGGGGAGAGAAGGGAAGAAGGAUGCAUCAUCUCGUCGUGCCUCCAAAACCCAGCCUGAAGAGAAAGGUGUCUCUGACUCCAAACAGCUGAAUGUCCCUAACUCUGCAAGAGACUGGGCAGUGUCAUUCUCGAAAAGUAAAGAUGGCAAAUCUUCCCAUGGACAGGCAGAUCAAUCAGGCAGCACAACUAACCUACUCUCCAAAAAGUCCUCUAACCUGGUGGAACAAGUAUUUAACUCGUCCCUGUUCCGCCACAAAGACAGCAGUCUGACCGGUGGGCUUACCUCCGGGAAGAUCCUGGACCCCAGAUUGUCUGAGGGGAGGGGAAGGCCCAUAUGGACUGUAGAUGACAGAGAAGCACGAAUCUCUCCUUUGGACCUACAGACCCAGGAGUCUUUAAACCCCAACAACAUGGAGUUCUGGAUGGAUGACAUCUACACUCCAGGCUACGACGCUCUGCUCAGGCGUAAAGAGGCUGAUCUCCGCCGGGCCAAGGUCUGCAAGCUGCUUGCACUCAUUGCCACUGCAGUGGUGAUCAUUCUCAUCAUCGUCAUUCCCAUAUGUACCAUGGGGUCGUGAAGACUCUUGCAGGAAACCCACUUUGUUGCCUGUUUUCUUUUAUUUAUCUAUUUUCAGCAGCUAUGUGCUGCACAAAGGAACUUGCACGCCAUUCCCAUGGAGAUAAGUAGAUGAGAGACUGUGACGCUAGGACCAUAAAGCUGGAUUGCCAAACAGUUAACAUUCAGUAACUCCUUACACAUCUCUGCAUGCAGCACUGUUAUUCAUGACAUCGUCACAACAGGAGGAUUCAAACUGGAGCUUACUUUGAACUCACUCCCUUAUGCAGUGACAACAAAUUGUCAACCUCCCUUAGUGAAAUAUGCUGAGACACCUAAUAAGCCCCUGUUUUGGGAACCUAAGGACAUUUGUCUCCACAACCCCCUGCAGUUACACCUCUGUAUCUGUGGGGGCGAUAGAGCGCUCUGAGCUCCGCCA